UGGAGCGCUGUUCGCGAACUGAUGCUGACAGCGGCUCGAUCGAUGCAAAGGUUACAUUUUAUCCUAGCAUGCUACUUCAAGACGCAUAUGUACUGCAGAGCUUACUGAAAUAUAUCUGUUUACAACAAAUGUGCAAAAUUAGAUUUAUUGUCGUAGCUAUGUAGCAGGUGCCUGUUUGUGGAUGCACUUUUGGGAUUUCGGAUUUGCACGGACGCCCGUGUGUCUGCUCUCUCACUUGUAAAGUGGCUUCAUGAGUGUCCAAAGUAACAGUGGAAGUGGUGGUGGAAGUUUGGAGGCGACGCCAUCUUGGUCGCAGCUAUCCUCGUCCCCAACGAUUUCUCAACAACACAUAACGGCGACCACCAAGACCAAGGAAGGUAAAUUCAGCAACGAUGUCAUUCGUCGAAGUCUGUUCGAUGGGAAAUGGGUACUGUUUCCAGUUAUAUCGCCCCAAUUCGACGGAAAUAUGGAUGUCAAUGGAUGCCGCGAAUUGAUGGUCGAACCUUGUCAGCUAUAGUCAGUACAGUAGCUAGCCAACGUUAGCUACUACCUCGCUAGAUAGGUGUCAGCACUCAGCUACAGAAGAACAAUAGCGAUGGAAUAUUCAGACAGGGGCAGACAGAUUGAGUGGAAAACAAGUAGGAACAGUCUAGACUGCUGGACAGACCGAUGACCAAGCCCAAGGAGUUGUUGUUUAUGUAGUUAGCUAGCGAUGUUGCCGAGACCUCUUAUAAACAGCUGUGGGUAGCUAACGUUAGUUGUCUUUAGCCUUCUGUCGAACAGCAAUGCUACUGCAGGUCUAUGCGAAUCCAUUGAGUUAUGAUGCAUUCAAAUGCCUUGUCCUUUGCCAAACAAAGAAGUUUAGGCCUAUAUUCUGAUCACUUCAACAUCAGAACAAGAAUAGAAUGUUGCUGCUGCUGUCAUGCAACAGAGCUAAAGCCUGUGACUGAUGCCAUCGGAACGGAAGUUUGUCACAGUCUACUUUAGUAAAUUAGUGUAUCACAUGUGUUACUGUUGCAAACUAUUCCAAUUGGGAUUGUAAUAACAAUGUAACUAUGGCUUUCUGUGGGGUCAAGAUGAGGCCUGGAUGUGGUAUUCCUGUGGACAUAUUGAAUGCUUGUCAGUUGUCAAUGCUUUAUAACUGCUGUCUGGUUUCACUUUACUUGCACCUCUGUCAUAAGGCGGAGUGGGUGGGUGUGUGUGUCAGACAUUCCAUGUUGUGUGUGUUGGUGAUUCAUGAAGGCAAAGUUAACUCUUUGAGUUGAAGUUCAGGCCCAUAGCUCAGCUGUUGAAUUGGAGCCUCUGUGCUUGUCUAGUCCAGUACCCAAUACUGACUGCUAGGUCGUAUUGGUCAUACAGUGUAACAUACUGUUGACACCUGAUACAUACAUGCUGUAGCUUGGUGCUGUCCAUAAUGUGGUCACUAAAUGCAGAUAGACUAAGUUGAUGUGGGACUGGUGAAGUGCACUGCGUUCAAACCGUUUGCACUUAUUAGAAGUGGAUGGUAGUGUGAGAUAGUCGGAUGCAGUAUGCUGUAUCCUUACAUAGCCAUAUGUAGCCUCAUUCUAUGUUGUGUUUAGGCCCCAUGGAGGAGCUGCACAGCCUGGACCCUCGCAGGCAGGAGCUUCUGGAGGCCAGGUUCAUGGGUGCGGUCAGCGGCAACACAGUAGGAAGCAGCGCCAGCGGGGGGGCCAAGGUGACAGACACAUACGUUAUUACGCAAUUACUAUCGCAGACAUAAAUACUAUAACACACACAUGCAAGCUUUUACUUAUACCAGACACACCAAAACGUUUUUUAAAAGGCAAGCACAUGAAAAUCACACAUUACACACACUAAACAUUUAUGUCUGACUUGUCUGUAUGUCCAGGGUCUGGCCAACGAGUGCUCCAACCACAGCUAUGGCAGUCUGGGCUCUUCCAGCGAUAAAGAGUCAGAGGUGAGACACACACACACACACUAUGCAGAGACGAUGUCAGUGAGGGACAGGGCUGGCCUAGUUUCAGUGAUUAGAUGUCACACCAUAUCACCGACACACAGGUGGCUUACGUGCUGUUUAAAGAAAAGACGCCAUUUUGUUUGAGUGGAGACAAGGAAGGCAGGCAUUUUGUCUAUGUAGCCAUUCUAAUUUCUGGAACCAUGGACAGUUAAUCAGGAGACGGAAUGAUAUCUUUGUUUGUCCUUGCAUGACCCACCUCAAUCUCUCUCUUUCCUCCCUCGCUCUCUUUCUAAUGUAUCUUUCUCUCGCUAGAACUCUGAUAUGAAGAGAGGGAGUUCUCCUGCAUAUUCUGUACGUACUCUUCCUUCCUAUUGUCCUGCCCCCCCCCCACACCCCACACACAAAUUCAUACACUCUCUUCCUAAGGGGACACGCGAGUGUCAGAAAAGUGAUUUACUAUUUGUUUAUUCUCAGACCCCUGAGAAGAAGCACUCUGAGUCGCCCAGAGGAAGGAAGAGGAAAGCUGACAUCCAAUCGGAAAACAGCCAGGGUAUGACACAUACAUACAGUGCCUUCAGAAAGUACAGUGGGGGAAAAAAGUAUUUAGUCAGCCACCAAUUGUGCAAGUUCUCCCACUUAAAAAGGUGAGAGAGGCCUGUAAUUUUCAUCAUAGGUACACGUCAACUAUGACAGACAAAAUGAGAAAAAAAAUCCUGAAAAUCACAUUGUAGGAUUUUUAAUGAAUUUAUUUGCAAAUUAUGGUGGAAAAUAAGUAUUUGGUCAAUAACAAAAGUUUCUCAAUACUUUGUUAUAUACCCUUUGUUGGCAAUGACACAGGUCAAACGUUUUAUGUAAGUCUUCACAAGGUUUUUCACACACUGUUGCUGGUAUUUUGGCCCAUUCCUCCAUGCAGAUCUCCUCUAGAGCAGUGAUGUUUUGGGGCUGUCGCUGGGCAACAUGGACUUUCAACUCCCUCCAAAUAUUUUCUAUGGGGUUGAGAUCUGGAGACUGGCUAGGCCACUCCAGGACCUUGAAAUGCUUCUUACGAAGCCACUCCUUCGUUGCCCGGGCGGUGUGUUUGGGAUCAUUGUCAUGCUGAAAGACCCAGCCACGUUUCAUCUUCAAUGCCCUUGCUGAUGGAAGGAGGUUUUCACUCAAAAUCUCACGAUACAUGGCCCCAUUCAUUCUUUCCUUUACACGGAUCAGUCGUCCUGGUCCCUUUGCAGAAAAACUGCCCCAAAGCAUGAUGUUUCCACCCCCAUGCUUCACAGUAGGUAUGGUGUUCUUUGGAUGCAACUCAGCAUUCUUUGUCCUCCAAACACGACGAGUUGAGUUUUUACCAAAAAGUUAUAUUUUGGUUUCAUCUGACCAUAUGACAUUCUCCCAAUCCUCUUCUGGAUCAUCCAAAUGCACUCUAGCAAACUUCAGACGGGCCUGGACAUAUACUGGCUUAAGCAGGGGGACACGUCUGGCACUGCAGGAUUUGAGUCCCUGGCGGCUUAGUGUGUUACUGAUGGUAGGCUUUGUUACUUUGGUCCCAGCUCUCUGCAGGUCAUUCACUAGGUCCCCCCGUGUGGUUCUGGGAUUUUUGCUCACCGUUCUUGUGAUCAUUUUGACCCCACGGGGUGAGAUCUUGCGUGGAGCCCCAGAUCGAGGGAGAUUAUCAGUGGUCUUGUAUGUCUUCCAUUUCCUAAUAAUUGCUCCCACAGUUGAUUUCUUCAAACCAAGCUGCUUACCUAUUGCAGAUUCAGUCUUCCCAGCCUGGUGCAGGUCUACAAUUUUGUUUCUGGUGUCCUUUGACAGCUCUUUGGUCUUGGCCAUAGUGGAGUUUGGAGUGUGACUGUUUGAGGUUGUGGACAGGUGUCUUUUAUACUGAUAACAAGUUCAAACAGGUGCCAUUAAUACAGGUAACGAGUGGAGGACAGAGGAGCCUCUUAAAGAAGAAGUUACAGGUCUGUGAGAGCCAGAAAUCUUGCUUGUUUUUAGGUGACCAAAUACUUAUUUUCCACCAUAAUUUGCAAAUAAAUUCAUUAAAAAUCCUACAAUGUGAUUUUCAGGAAUUUUUUCUCAAUUUGUCUGUUAUAGUUGACGUGUACCUAUGAUGAACAUUACAGGCCUCUCAUCUUUUUAAGUGGGAGAACUUGCACAAUUGGUGGCUGACGAAAUACUUUUUCCCCCCACUGUAUUCACACCGCUUGCAAUAAGGCAUUAAAACUGCAAGAAACAAACUUUAUGUCCUGAAUACAAAGCAUUAUGUUUAAGGCAAAUACAACACAUCACUGAGUAGCACUCUUCAUAUUUUUCAAGCAUGUUGGUGGCUGCAUCAUGUUAUGGGUAUGCUUGUCAUCGGCAAGGACUAAGGAACGGAAUAGAGCUAAGCACAGGCAAAAUCCUAGAGGAAAACCUGGUUCAGUCUGCUUUCCAACAGACACUGGGAGACAAAUUCACCUUUCAGCAGGACAAUAACCUAAAACACAAGACAACGUUGAAUGUUCCUGAGUGGCCUAGUUACAGUUUACAGUUUUGACUAAAUUUGCUUUAAAAUCUAUGGCAAGACUUGAAAAUGGCUGUCUAGCAAUGAUCAACAACCAACUUGACAGAGCUUGAAGACUGUUAAAAAGAAUAAUGUGCAAAUUGUCAGGUUUUGGCCAUGACUGUUCGGGUUUUGGUCACUAGAUGUCCCCAUUGCACCUUUUUUUCUGUCACGACCCGGUGCGAGAAACAGUCACUAAUAAUUGUCAGAACCCAGAAGAUGAGGCAGACACAGCUGUACUAGAGAUGGUGGUUUAUUAAAGAACAAAAUCUUCAGGCAAAGAAGCUAAAUCCACAAUGACCAAAAAUAAAGCCCAAGAGGCACAAAGAGGAAAACCUCCAAAAACAAAAGAAACUCCACAAAGUGGUAAAAAACAGCAGGGAAAAAACAAACCUCAAAAGACUACUCAAACAAAACACAAGAACUAAACCAGAGAACCUCUGGAAAAUCCCACCAGAGAAAUAUCUAUAUAAAACAAGGCUUGGGCUGGGGCUGGGUGCUAACUUACAAACACUGAGCAAGGAACUGAGGAACACACAGGGUUUAAAUACUAACAAGGGAAUGACCUACAGGUGCAAACAAUAAUUAGAGCAAGAAAAACAAGAGGUACAAAAAGGUGCAAUGGGGACAUCUAGUGACCAAAACCCGAACAGUCAUGGCCAAAACCUGACACAAAUAUUGUACAAUCCAGGUGUGCAAAGCUCUUAGAGACUUACCCAGAAAGACUCACAGCUGUAAUCACUGCCAAAGAUGAUUCUAACAUGUAUUGACUCAGGGGUGUGAAUACUUAAGUAAAUAAGAUAUUUCUGAAUUUCAUUUUCAAUACAUUUGCUAAAGUUUCUAAACAUGUUUUCACUUUGUCAUUAUGGGGUAUUGUGUCUAGAUGGGUGAGGACAAAAAUCUAUUUUGUCCAUUUUGAAUUCAGGCUGUAACACAACACAAUCUGAAAUAAGUCAAGGGGUAUGAAUACCUUCUGAAGGCACUGUACCUGUUUUCUAUGAUUGUGUUUUGUAUUUCUGUCUUGUAUUUGAUGGGUGUAUCUUUGUAAUUACAGGGCUCAUUUGUAAAAGUGACCUUGGUCUCAACCUGACUAAAUGUUUCAAUGAAAUAAGACAUUAUAAACAGGGGAGAAAUUCUGGUCAGGACGUGAAAGGGUUUUGGAUUCUCCUUGGUACUUGAUAUGUUCGUUUCAAAGUCACUCACUCGCAAGCUCCCUGUCCGUAGUCGGGCCCUUCCACUAGACAAUGUUUAUUCUGAAUGUCAUGUGGUAUCACCCAGUUAAACAAGGUAUGUUCUGAAUGUCACAUGGUAUCACACAGUUAAACAAGAUAUAUUGAAUGUCACAUAGUAUCACUCAGUUAAACAAGGUAUAUUCUGAAUGUCACAUGGUAUCACUGUUAAACAAGGUAUAUUGAAUGUCACAUGGUAUCACUCAGUUAAACAAGGUACACUAUAUAUACAAAAGUAUGUGGACACCCCUUCAAAUUAAUGGAUUCGGCUAUUUCAGCCACACCUGUUGCUGACAGGUGUAUAAAAUUGAGCACACAGCCAUGCAAUCUCCAUAGACAAACAUUGGCAGUAGAAUGGCCUUACUGAAGAGCUCAGUGACUUUCAACGUGGCACCGUCAUAGGAUGCCACCUUUCCAACAAGUCAGUUCGUCAAAUUUCUGCCCUGCUAGAGCUGCCCCGGUCAACUGUAAGUGCUGUUAUUGUGAAGUGGAAACGUCUAGGAGCAACAAUGGUUCAGCCGCAAAGUGGUAGGCCACACAAGCUCACAGAACAGGACCGCCGAGUGCUGAAGCGCAUAGCGCGUAAAAAUUGUCUGUCCUCGGUUGCAACACUCACUACCGAGUUCCAAACUGCCUCUGGAAGCAACGUCAGCACAAUAACUGUUCGUCGGGGGCUUCAUGAAAUGGGUUUCCAUGGCCGAGCAGCUGCACACACACACAAGCCUAAGAUUACCAUGCGCAAUGCGAAGCGUCGGCUGGAGUGGUGUAAAGCUCGCCGCCAUUGGACUCUGGAGCAGUGGAAACGCGUUCUCUGGAGUGAUGAAUCACGCUUCCCCAUCUGGCAGUCUGACAGAAGAAUCUGGGUUUGGCGAAUGCUACAUGCCCCAAUGCAUAGUGCCAACUGUAAAGUUUGGUGGAGGAUUAAUAAUGGUCUGGGGCUGUUUUCCAUGGUUCGGGCUAGGCCCCUUAGUUCCAGUGAAGGGAAAUCUUAACGCUACAGCAUACAAUGACAUUGACAAUUGUGUGCUUCUAACUUUGUGGCAACAGUUUGGGGAAGGCUCUUUCCUGUUUCAGCAUGACAAUACCCCAAUGCACAAAGCGAGGUCCAUACAGAAAUGGUUUGUUGAGAUCGGUGUGGAAUAACUUUACUGUCCUGCACAGAGCCCUGAACUCAACCCCAUCGAACACCUUUGGGAUGAAUUGGAACACCGACUGCGACCCAGGCCUAAUCGUCCAACAUCAGUGCCCGACCUCACUAAUGCUCUUGUGGCUGAAUGGAAGCAAGUCCCUGCAGCAAUGUUCGAACAUCUAGUGGAAAAUGUUCCCAGAAGAGUGGAGGCUGUUAUAGCAGCAAAGGGGGGACCAACUCCAUAUUAAUGCCCAUGAUUUUGGAAUGAGAUGUUCGACGAGCAGGUGUCCACAUAGUGUAUAUUCUGAAUGUCACGUGGUAUCACUCUCCGUUAAACAAGGUGACACAGUGCCAUUGUUACAUUCUGGUGUAAGGUCCCUGAGCUGUGCUAACCUCUGUGUCUGCUAGGCUGUGUAAUGCGUUUCUAACCCACGGUAUCUGCUCUGUGCUCUCCUCUACCACAGGGAAGACUUCCACACGGGGGCCCAAGAUCAGUGACUACUUUGAUGUGAGUGUCGUAUUAUGUAGUUGUUCUGUGUAAGUUAAACUAAAUGUAAGUCCUCCAUGGGUCAAGCUGGUUGGACUUGACUCGCAAGAUGUCUAGUGAGAUGUAGCCUAUGCGGAGUCGCCAGAAAACGGUAACAUCCAGUUUUCAGGGAUACAGUAUUUUCAAUCUAACUUCCAUUUCCUCUGAAAAACGGAAGUAGGGACUCUGCUCAGGCAUCUUUCUACGCCUGCUAUGUUAGGUUAAGUGAGAUGUUAAGGUGAUUGGGUCGUGGUGUGAUGAGUGAUUAAGCAGAUUGUGAUUGGUUGAUAUUGUGAAUUUCCCAUCUUGAGGCGCACUGCUAUACGCUAUGAAAGUCCCGCCUACUUCCUGGAUCAUGUCCCUUGCUGUUUUUGAAUGGUAUUCAAAAGUAUGUCCUCAAAUGUAUGAAAAAGCAGUCAUUUAUGUAUAAUGAUAUUCAUAUUAGUGGAUUAAUUUACUUCUACCCAAUGCCUUUAAGGUUUUCAAUUAUGAAAAAGAAAACGCAAUGGAAAACUUUCAUGAAAGCCAUUAGGUAGGACUAAAUUAAUCCACAAAUAUAAUUGUACAUGGAUCUUAAAUGACCGCAUUUUCAUGAAUUUGAUGAUAUACUCUUGAAUCCCAUUCAAAAACAGUAUGGGAAAUGAUCCAGGAAGUAGUCGGGUCUUUCAUAGUGUAUUGCUGGGCUAUAUUUACAGUACCAGUCAAAAGUUUGGACACACCUACUCAUUCCAGGGUUUUUCUUUAUUUUUACUAUUUUCUACAUUGUAGAAAUAUAGUGAAGACAUCAAAACUAUGAAUAACACAUAUGGAAUCAUGUAGUAACCAAAAAAGUGAGAUUCUUCAAAUAGCCACCCAUUGCCUUGAUGACAGCUUUGCACACUCUUGGCAUUCUCUCAACCAGCUUGAUGAGGUUGUCACCUGGAAUGCAUUUCAAUUAAAAGGUGUGCCUUCUUAAAAGUUAAUUUGUGGAAUUUCUUUCCUUAAUGCGUUUGAGCCAAUCAGUUGUGUUGUGACAAGGUAGGGGGGGUUAUACAGAAGAGAGCCCUAUUUGGUAAAAGACCAAGUCCAUAUUAUGGCAAGAACAGCUCAAAUAAGCAAAGAGAAAUGACAGUCCAUUUUUACAUUUUUGUCAUUUAGCAGACACUCUUAUCCAGAGCGACUUACAGGAGCAAUUAGGGUUAAGUGCCUUGCUCAAGGGCACAUCGACAGAUUUUUCACCUAGUCGGCUCGGGGAUUAGAACCAGCGACCUUUCGGUUAUUGGCACAACGCUCUUAACCACUAAGCUACCUGCCGCCCCAUGUCUUAUUACUUUAAGACAUGACGGUCAGUCAAUACAGAACAUUUAAAGAACUUUGAAAGUUUCUUCAAGUGCUGUCGCAAAAACCAUCAAGCGCAAUAAUGAAACUGGCUCUCAUAAGGACCGCCACAGGAAUGGAAGACCCAGAGUUACCUCUGCUGCAGAGGAUAAGUUCGUUAGAGUUACCAGCCUCAGAAAUUGCAGCCCAAAUAAAUGCUUCACAGAGUUCAAGUAACAGACAUAUCUCAACAUCAACUGUUCAGAUGGGACUGUGUGAAUCAGGCCUUCAUGGUCGAAUUGCUGCAAAGAAACCACUACUAAAGGACACUAAUAAGAUGAAACUUGCUUGGGCCAAGAAACACAAGCAAUGGACAUUAGACCGGUGGAAAUGUGUCCUUUGAUCUGGAGUCCAAAUUGGAGAUUUUUGGUUCCAACCGCCGUGGCUUUGUGAGACGCAGUGUGGGUGAACGGAUUAUCUCCACAUGUGUAUUUCCCACCGUAAAGCAUGGAGGAGGUGGUGUUAUGGUGUGGGGUUGCUUUGCUGGUGACACUUUCUGUGAUUUAUUUAGAAUUCAAGGCACACUUAACCAGCAUGGCUACCACAGUAUUCUGCAGCGAUACGCCAUCCCAACUGGUUUGGGCUUAGUGGGACUAUCAUUUGUUUUUCAACAGGACAAAGACUCAAAACACACCUCCAGGCUGUGUAAGGGCUAUUUGACCAAGAAGGAGAGUGAUGGAGUGCUGCAUCAGAUGACCUGGCCUCCACAAUCACCCGACCUCAACCCAAUUGAGAUGGUUUGGGAUGAGUCGGACCGGAGAGUGAAGGAAAAGCAGCCAACAAGUUCUCAGCAUAUGUGGGAACUCCUUCAAGACUGUUGGAAAAGCAUUCCAGGUGAAGAUGGUUGAGAGAAUGACAAGAGUGUGCAAAGCUGUCAUCAAGGCAAAGGGUGGCUAUUUUAAGAAUCUCAAAUAUAAAAAUAUAUUUUGAUUUGUUUAACACGUUUUUGGUUACUACAUAAUUCAUGUGUUAUUUCAUAGUUUUGAUUUCUUCACUAUUAUUCUACAAUGUAGAAAUAGUACAAAUAAAGAAAAACCCUUGAAUGAGUAGGUGUGUCCAAACUUUUGACUGGUACUGUAUGUGAUGUCACUUCCUGUUCCUCACCCUGCUGUUUCCUGUGUGUAGUUCCAGGGGGGGAGUGGCUCCAGUCCGGUGAGGGGGCUACCCCAGGUCCUCCGCUCACCACAGAACUCCCACCACGGCGCUCACUCUGCAUCAGGCUCUAACGUACGUAUACACACAGAAGUGGUAGGACCUUUUUGGGCUUUGGUGUUUUAUCACAUUGUUUAUAACAGUGUUGUAUGUGUAUUGUCUCUCUGUAGAUCAGACAGAACAGCUCCUCUCCCACCAGUCUGUGUUUCGGAGAUCACCUUAUGAACCAUAAAGCCUCCUCCAGCAAGUGUGUUCAGGUAAGACUUGCACACAAAACAAACAAAAUAGAAUUAUUGUAGAAUUGACUGUGUCCAUAAUGUCCAAAAUGUAUAUAGUAUGUAUAAGCUGGAAGUAGAGGCCUAAGCAUUGUUGUUCACUAGUUUACUCCAAUUAGGGAAGUGGUGGUGGGGUUGGAAAGUAAUAAAGGGAAAUACAGUGGGGGAAAAAAGUAUUUAGUCAGCCACCAAUUGUGCAAGUUCUCCCACUUAAAAAGAUGAGAGAGGCCUGUAAUUUUCAUCAUAGGUACACGUCAACUAUGACAGACAAAAUGAGAAAAGAAAAUCCAGAAAAUCACAUUGUAGGAUUUUUAAUGAAUUUAUUUGCAAAUUAUGGUGGAAAAUAAGUAUUUGGUCAAUGACAAAAGUUUGUCAAUACUUUGUUAUAUACCCUUUGUUGGCAAUGACACAGGUCAAACGUUUUCUGUAAGUCUUCACAAGGUUUUCACACACUGUUGCUGGUAUUUUGGCCCAUUCCUCCAUGCAGAUCUCCUCUAGAGCAGUGAUGUUUUGGGGCUGUCGCUGGGCAACAUGGACUUUCAACUCCCUCCAAAUAUUUUCUAUGGAGUUGAGAUCUGGAGACUGGCUAGGCCACUCCAGGACCUUGAAAUGCUUCUUACGAAGCCACUCCUUCGUUGCCCGGGCGGUGUGUUUGGGAUCAUUGUCAUACUGAAAGACCCAGCCACGUUUCAUCUUCAAUGCCCUUGCUGAUGGAAGGAGGUUUUCACUAAAAAUCUCACGAUACAUGGCCCCAUUCAUUCUUUCCUUUACACGGAUCAGUCGUCCUGGUCCCUUUGCAGAAAAACAGCCCCAAAGCAUGAUGUUUCCACCCCCAUGCUUCACAGUAGGUAUGGUGUUCUUUGGAUGCAACUCAGCAUUCUUUGUCCUCCAAACACGACGAGUUGAGUUUUUACCAAAAAGUUAUAUUUUGGUUUCAUCUGACCAUAUGACAUUCUCCCAAUCCUCUUCUGGAUCAUCCAAAUGCACUGUAGCAAACUUCAGACGGGCCUGGACAUGUACUGGCUUAAGCAGGGGGACACGUCUGGCACUGCAGGAUUUGAGUCCCUGGCGGCGUAGUGUGUUACUGAUGGUAGGCUUUGUUACUUUGGUCCCAGCUCUCUGCAGGUCAUUCACUAGGUCCCCCCGUGUGGUUUUGGGAUUUUUGCUCACCAUUCUUGUGAUCAUUUUGACCCUACGGGGGGAGAUCUUGCGUGGAGCCACAGAUCGAGGGACAUUAUCAGUGGUCUUGUAUGUCUUCCAUUUCCUAAUAAUUGCUCCCAUAGUUGAUUUCUUCAAAACAAGCUGCUUACCUAUUGCAGAUUCAGUCUUCCCAGCCUGGUGCAGGUCUACAAUUUUGUUUCUGGUGUCCUUUGACAGCUCUUUGGUCUUGGUCAUAGUGGAGUUUGGAGUGUGACUGUUUGAGGUUGUGGACAGGUGUCUUUUAUACUGAUAACAUGUUCAAACAGGUGCCAUUAAUACAGGUAACAAGUGGAGGACAGAGGAGCCUCUUAAAGAAGAAGGUACAGGUCUGUGAGAGCCAGAAAUCUUGCUUGUUUGUAGGUGACCAAAUACUUAUUUUCCACCAUAAUUUGCAAAUAAAUUCAUUAAAAAUCCUACAAUGUGAUUUUCUGGAUUUUUUUUUCUCAUUUUGUCUGUCAUAGUUGACGUGUACCUAUGAUGAAAAUUACAGGCCUCUCUCAUCUUUUUAAGUGGGAGAACUUGCACAAUUGGUGGCUGACUAAAUACUUUUUUUCCCCACUGUAUAUUUUUAAAAAGGAUAUGUAUGUGUGUGUGUGUGUGUGUGUGUAUAUAUAUAUAUAUAUACAGUGGGGAGAACAAGUAUUUGAUACACUGCCGAUUUUGCAGGUUUUCCUACUUACAAAGCAUGUAGAGGUCUGUAAUUUUUAUCAUAGGUACACUUCAACUGUGAGAGACGGAAUCUAAAAAUCAAAAAUCCAGAAAAUAACAUUGUAUGAUUUUUAAGUAAUUAAUUUGCAUUUUAUUGCAUGACAUAAGUAUUUGAUCACCUACCAACCAGUAAGAAUUCCGACUCUCACAGACCUGUUAGUUUUUCUUUAAGAAGCCCUCCUGUUCUCCACUCAUUACCUGUAUUAACUGCACCUGUUUGAACUCGUUACCUGUAUAAAAGACACCUGUCCACACACUCAAUCAAACAGACUCCAACCUCUCCACAAUGGCCAAGACCAGAGAGCUGUGUAAGGACAUCAGGGAUAAAAUUGUAGACCUGCACAAGGCUGGGAUGGGCUAAAGGACAAUAGGCAAGCAGCUUGGUGAGAAGGCAACAACUGUUGGCGCAAUUAUUAGAAAAUGGAAGAAGUUCAAGAUGACGGUCAAUCAUCCUCGGUCUGAGGCUCCAUGCAAGAUCUCACCUUGUGGGGCUUCAAUGAUCAUGAGGAAGGUGAGGGAUCAGCCCAGAACUACACGGCAGGACCUGGUCAAUGACCUGAAGAGAGCUGGGACCACAGUCUCAAAGAAAACCAUUAGUAACACACUACGCCGUCAUGGAUUAAAAUCCUGCAGCGCACGCAAGGUCCCCCUGCUCAAGCCAGCGCAUGUCCAGGCCCGUCUGAAGUUUGCCAAUGACCAUCUGGAUGAUCCAGAGGAGGAAUGGGAGAAGGUCAUGUGGUCUGAUGAGACCAAAAUAGAGCUUUUUGGUCUAAACUCCACUCACCGUGUUUGGAGGAAGAAGAAGGAUGAGUACAAAAGGGGGAGGUGGAAACAUCAUUCUUUGGGGAUGCUUUUCUGCAAAGGGGACAGGACGACUGCACCGUAUUGAGGGGAGGAUGGAUGGGGCCAUGUAUCGCGAGAUCUUGGCCAACAACCUCCUUCCCUCAGUAAGAGCAUUGAAGAUUGGUCGUGGCUGGGUCUUCCAGCAUGACAACGACCCGAAACACACAGCCAGGGCAACUAAGGAGUGGCUCCGUAAGAAGCAUCUCAAGGUCCUGGAGUGGCCUAGCCAGUCUCCAGACCUGAACCCAAUAGAAAAUCUUUGGAGGGAGCUGAAAGUCCGUAUUUCCCAGCGACAGCCCCGAAACCUGAAGGAUCUGGAGAAGGUCUGUAUGGAGGAGUGGGCCAAAAUCCCUGCUGCAGUGUGUGCAAACCUGGUCAAGACCUACAGGAAACGUAUGAUCUCUGUAAUUGCAAACAAAGGUUUCUGUACCAAAUAUUAAGUUCUGCUUUUCUGAUGUAUCAAAUACUUAUGUCAUGCAAUAAAAUGCAAAUUAAUUACUUAAAAAUCAUACAAUGUGAUUUGUAAGUAGGAAAACCUGCAAAAUCGGCAGUGUAUCAAAUACUUGUUUUCCCCACUGUAUAUGCAAGAAAAAAACAUGGUUGAUUAGAAGUGAUGCAGACAAUUACAUUGAUGGAAGUUCCAAUCUAUCUGCAAUAUUAAAGCUGAUCUACCCCCCAAAAAAAAGACUUGCACUCUCUCUUUCCUCACUCUUAUCGCAUCUCCUUCUCUUACGCACCUCACACCUGUCACACACUUCUUUCUCACCUACUCCUCUCCCCUUUCUCUCCCCAGACGGAGUUGACAGGUCUGAAGCUGGCUGCUCUGGAGAGCAACAAGAGUCUGGACCUGGAGAAGAAAGAGGGACGCAUUGAUGACCUGCUUAGGGUGAGUUUACGUGUUAGUUAGGGUACUACAGGUGAUAGGUAGAGGUUGUGCUAGUUAGGGUACCACAGAUGAUAGGUUGAGGUUCUACUAGUUAGGGUACUACAGGUAAUGCUUGUGCUAAGGGUACUAUAGGUAGAGGUAGUACUAGUUAGGGUACUAGGGUACUAUAGGUAGAGGUUGUACUAGUUAGGGUACUAUAGGUAGAGGUUGUGCUAGAUAGGGUACUAUAGGUAGAGGUUGUGCUAGAUAGGGUACUAUAGGUAGAGGUUGUACUAGGGUACUAUAAGUAGAGUUUGUACUAGUUAGGGUACUAUAGGUAGAGGUUGUACUAGUUAGGGUACUAGGGUUCUAUAGGUAGAGCUUGUACUAGUUAGGGUACUAUAGGUAAUGGUUGUACUAGUUAGGGUACUAGGGUACUUUAGAUAGAGCUUGUACUAAUUAGGGUACUAGGGUACUAUAGGUAGAAGUUGUACUAGUUAGGGUACUAUAGGUAGAGGUUGUACUAGUUAGGGUACUAGGGUUCUAUAGGUAGAGCUUGUACUAGUUAGGGUACUAUAGGUAAUGGUUGUACUAGUUAGGGUACUAGGGUACUUUAGAUAGAGCUUGUACUAAUUAGGGUACUAGGGUACUAUAAGUAGAGUUUGUACUAGUUAGGGUACUAUAGGUAGAGCUUGUACUAGUUAGGGUACUAGGGUACUAUAGGUAGAGGUUGUACUAGUUAGGGUACUAUAGGUAGAUUUUGUACUAGUUAGGGUACUAUAGGUAGAGCUUGUACUAGUUAGGUUACUAGGGUACUAUAGGUAGAGCUUGUACUAGUUAGGGUACUAGGGUACUAUAGGUAGAGCUUGUACUAGUUAGGGUACUAUAGGUAGAGGUUGUACUAGUUAGGGUACUAUAGGUAGAUUUUGUACUAGUUAGGUUACUAGGGUACUAUAGGUAGAGCUUGUACUAGUUAGGGUACUAUAGGUAGAGGUUGUGCUAGUUAGGGUACUAGGGUACUAUAAGUAGAGCUUGUACUAGUUAGGGUACUAGGGUACUUUAGGUAGAGCUUGUACUAGUUAGGGUACUAUGGUACUAUAGGUAGAGGUUGUGCUAGUUAGGUUACUAUGGUACUAUAGGUAGAUGUUGUACUAGUUAGGGUACUAUAGGUAGAGGCUGUACUAGUUAGGGUACUAUAGGUAGAGGUUGUACUAGUUAUGAUACUAUAGGUAGAGGUUGUGCUAGUUAGGGUACUAGGGUACUAUAGGUAGAGGUUGUACUAGUUAGGGUACUAUAGGUAGAGGUUGUGCUAGUUAGGGUACUAUAGGUAGAGUUUGUACUAGGGUACUUUAGGUAGAGCUUGUACUAGUUAGGUUACUAAGGUACUAUAGGUAGAGGUUGUGCUAGUUAGGGUACUAUAGGUAGAGGUUUUACUAGUUAGGGUACUAUAGGUAGAGGUUGUUCUAGUUAGGGUACUAUAGGUAGAGGUUUUACUAGUUAGGGUAUUAUAGGUAGAGGUUUUACUAGUUAGGGUACUAUAGGUAGAGGUUGUGCUAGUUAGGGUACUAGGGUACUAUAGGUAGAGCGUGUACUAGUUAGGGUACUAGGUUACUAUAGGUAAUAGUUGUACUAGUUAGGGUACUAUAGGUAGAGUUUGUACUAGUUAGGGUACUACAGGUGAUAGGUAGGUUGUGCUAGUUAGGGUACUACAGGUGAUAGGUAGAGGUUGUGCUAGUUAGGGUACUACAGGUGAUAGGUAGAGGUUGUGCUAGUUAGGGUACUACAGGUGAUAGGUAGAGGUUGUGCUAGUUAGGGUACUACAGGUGAUAGGUAGAGGUUGUGCUAGUUAGGGCACUACAGGUAGAGGUUGUGAUAGUUAGGGUAGUAGGGUACUACAGGUGUUAUGUGGAGGUUGUGUAUUGUUGUGCAUUGAUUGUAUUAUGCAUUGAUACAUUUGUUUUCCCUCCAGGCUAACUGUGACCUGAGGAGACAGAUUGAUGAACAGCAGAAACUACUGGAGAAAUACAAGGAGAGGCUGAACAAAUGCAUCACCAUGAGCAAGAAAUUACUGAUAGAGAAGGUAUUGUUUGUGUGUGUGUGUGUGUGGAUGUCUGUUACUGACACAAGCCAUGUGCGGUUGUGUCAGUAACUGGCGUCAAUUUGUGUGUAUGUAGAGCACCCAGGAGAAGCAGUCGUGCAGAGAGAAGAGCAUGCAGGACCGUCUGAGACUGGGACACUUCACCACCGUACGACAUGGAGCCUCCUACACGGAACAGUGGACCGACGGAUACGCAUUCCAGAACCUUGUCAAGUGAGAACACACACACUUCACAAACUGACAUAUAGUAUACUGUAUGUACAUGGGUCUGCUCUCAAGAGCAUAAUGAAACUAUAACAUGUCUUAUGACCUGCUAUGUGUGAUAUGAUGUUCUUAUGACCUGUUAUGUGUGAUAUGAUGUUCUUAUGACCUGUUAUGUGUGAUAUGAUGUUCUUAUGACCUGUUAUGUGUGAUAUGAUGUUCUUAUGACCUGUUAUGUGUGAUAUGAUGUUCUUAUGACCUGUUAUGUGUGAUAUGACUUUCUUAUUUUACAUUUUUUAGUCAUUUAGCAGACGCUCUUAUCCAGGGCGACUUACAGUUAGUGAGUGCAUAUGUGUUAUUUUGUUUUAGUUUUUUUCAUGACAUGUUAUGUGUAAUAUUACUUUCUUAUGACCUGCUAUAAUGCUUUAUAACCCCCCCCCACUCUCUCUGUGUGUAGGCAGCAGGAGGGUAUCAACCAGCAAAGAGAGGAGAUCGAGCGUCAGAGGAAGCUGCUAGCCAAAAGGAAGCCCCCCAACCCCUCCUCCUCCCCCUCACUCUCCUUAGCAACCACCUCCGAACCCAAACAACGCAAAGCCAAGGUUGUCAACGGCAACGACCCCGACCCCUUCCUCAAACCCUCCCUGCCUCAGAUGUGAGUACACACACACACACUGAGGGACACACACACUUGUGCAUACACACACUGUUGCGCUGUUGGUGCAGUGACGUUUAUCAACCUUUGUUUUUUUUAGGUUGACUCUGGCUGAGUAUCAUGAGCAGGAGGAGAUCUUCAAGCUUCGCCUGGGACACCUGAAGAAGGUCGGUGUCACUAUGAACACAAACAAGUUUGUAAAAAGCACUAUUGUCCGAAUCCCAAAAGGAAUAGGAUUGACUGUCUGAGUGAUGUUGUUGACUGUCUCUCAGGAGGAGGCAGAGAUCCAGGCAGAGCUGGAGAGGUUAGAGAGGGUGAGGAACCUCCACAUCAGAGAGCUGAAGAGGAUCAACAACGAGGACAGCUCAUCGUAAGUACAGGACAGGAAGACACAAUCACAUAGGAAGUCCUGACCCCUGACCUCAGCACUGUCUCCCGGUUCAAAACCCAUCCCUAGUGCCUACAAUCCAUAGGCCAGUAGCUGUAGUAUGGAUGACUGCCCAGUUCAUACUUUCUAGGUAUUCAGAAGAUAAUAAUAUACAGUAUGCCAGACACGUUUAUCCAAAGUAACUUAGUCAUGUGUGCAUUCAUUUUAUAUAUGGGUGGCCCAAGCCCCGACCCUUGGCGUCCACCGACUGAGCCACAACUCUUGUAAGUGUAAUGUGGGUAAACUAUCCCUUUAUGCUGUUCAGUCUGUAUCUGUCUGUCUGUCAGGUUUAAAGACCACCCCACUCUGAAUGAGAGGUACCUGCUGCUGCAUCUGCUGGGCAGAGGAGGCUUCAGUGAAGUCUAUAAGGUACGGAUUGACUACUGGUAUGUGCUUGUGAAUGAUUAUUAAGAGAUUGUAGAUCCAUACUGUACCUGUGCUUGUGAGUGUUUGUCUGAUGUGUGUUCUGUGUCUUCAGGCCUUUGACCUGUUUGAGCAGCGCUACGCAGCUGUUAAAAUCCACCAACUCAACAAGAACUGGAGAGAGGAGAAGAAGGAGAACUACCACAAGUAUGUCCCGUCUGCUCUGACCAGGCAGUGUUAUGAGACGCAGAAUUUAUAACCCAGAUCAUCCAAGUUGUGAACGUUGUUUGACCAGACUUGCUCACACACAAUAUUGUUUCCUGUCCCAGGCAUGCCUGUAGAGAGUACCGGAUACACAAACAGCUGGACCAUCCCAGAAUAGUCAAACUCUACGACUACUUCUCCCUGGAUACAGACACGUAAGUGACGUUUUACCCCAAACCUAAUACAGUUCUUUCACAUCAUUGCCGAUGAAGGAGAGGAAGCCAUUUUAGACCGUUGAGAUGCCUCUUAGGUUAUAGUUAAUGGAGUCCAUUGUCUUCUCUGUUUCUCUCUGUCUCUCUUUCUCUCUGCCUUUAGGUUCUGUACGGUUCUAGAGUUCUGUGAGGGGAACGACUUAGACUUCUAUCUGAAACAGAACAAGCUGAUGUCAGAGAAGGAGGCGCGGUCUAUCGUCAUGCAGAUAGUCAACGCCCUACGAUACCUCAACGAGAUCAAACCCCCCAUCAUACACUAUGACCUCAAACCAGGUACACACACACACACACGCCCACUACGACCUCAAACCAGGUACACACACACCACUACGACCUCAAACCAGGUACACACACACACCACGACCUCAAACCAGGUACAUACACACACACCCACUACGACCUCAAACCAGGUACACACACACACACCCACUACGACCUCAAACCAGGUACACACACACAACGGAGCAAAUGGAAUUGCAUCAAACACAUGGAAACCAUGUUUGAUGUAUUUGAUACCAUUCCACAUAUUUCGCUCCAGUCAUUACCACAAGCCUGCCCUCCCCAAUUAAGGUGCCACCAACCUCCUGUGACACACACACACACACACAACAACCUCAAACUAGGUACACACAUGUACACACUACAACCUCAAACCAGGUACACACACGUACACACACUGACUCAUGUUUGUAUAGGUGACAUACAGUGGGGAAAAAAAGUAUUUAGUCAGCCACCAAUUGUGCAAGUUCUCCCACUUAAAAAGAUGAGAGAGGCCUGUAAUUUUCAUCAUAGGUACACGUCAACUAUGACAGACAAAAUGAGAAAAGAAAAUCCAGAAAAUCACAUUGUAGGAUUUUUAAUGAAUUUAUUUGCAAAUUAUGGUGGAAAAUAAGUAUUUGGUCAAUAACAAAAGUUUCUCAAUACUUUGUUAUAUACCCUUUGAGGGCAAUGACACAGGUCAAACGUUUUCUGUAAGUCUUCACAAGGUUUUCACACACUGUUGCUGGUAUUUUGGCCCAUUCCUCCAUGCAGAUCUCCUCUAGAGCAGUGAUGUUUUGGGGCUGUCGCUGGGCAACACGGACUUUCAACUCCCUCCAAAGAUUUUCUAUGGGGUUGAGAUCUGGAGACUGGCUAGGCCACUCUAGGACCUUGAAAUGCUUCUUACGAAGCCACUCCUUCGUUGCCCGGGCGGUGUGUUUGGGAUCAUUGUCAUGCUGAAAGACCCAGCUACGUUUCAUCUUCAAUGCCUUUGCUGGUUUUUACUCAAAAUCUCACGAUACAUGGCCCCAUUCAUUCUUUCCUUUACACGGAUCAGUCGUCCUGGUCCCUUUGCAGAAAAACUGCCCCAAAGCAUGAUGUUUCCACCCCCAUGCUUCACAGUAGGUAUGGUGUUCUUUGGAUGCAACUCAGCAUUCUUUGUCCUCCAAACACGACGAGUUGAGUUUUUACCAAAAAGUUCUAUUUUGGUUUCAUCUGACCAUAUGACAUUCUCCCAAUCCUCUUCUGGAUCAUCCAAAUGCACUCAAGCAAACUUCAGACGGGCCUGGACAUGUACUGGCUUAAGCAGGGGGACACGUCUGGCACUGCAGGAUUUUAGUCCCUGGCGGCGUAGUGUGUUACUGAUGGUAGGCUUUGUUACUUUGGUCCCAGCUCUCUGCAGGUCAUUCACUAGGUCCCCCCGUGUGGUUCUGGGAUUUUUGCUCACCGUUCUUGUGAUCAUUUUGACCCCACGGGGUGAGUUCUUGCGUGGAGCCCCAGAUCGAGGGAGAUUAUCAGUGGUCUUGUAUGUCUUCCAUUUCCUAAUAAUUGCUCCCACAGUUGAUUUCUUCAAACCAAGCUGCUUACCUAUUGCAGAUUCAGUCUUCCCAGCCUGGUGCAGGUCUACAAUUUUGUUUCUGGUGUCCUUUGACAGCUCUUUGGUCUUGGCCAUAGUGGAGUUUGGAGUGUGACUGUUUGAGGUUGUGGACAGGUGUCUUUUAUACUGAUAACAGGUGCUAUUAAUACAGGUAACGAGUGGAGGACAGAGGAGCCUCUUAAAGAAGAAGUUACAGGUCUGUGAGAGCCAGAAAUCUUGCUUGUUUGUAGGUGACCAAAUACUUAUUUUCCACCAUAAUUUGCAAAUAAAUUCAUAAAAAAAUCCUACAAUGUGAUUUUCUGGAGAAGAAAAUUCUCAUUUUGUCUGUCAUAGUUGGCGUGUACCUAUGAUUAAAAUUACAGGCCUCUCCCAUCUUUUUAAGUGGGAGAACUUGCACAAUUGGUGGCUGACUAAAUACUUUUUUUCCCCACUGUACACACAUACUCAACUCACACUGCCUCUUGUGUCUGUGCAGGUAAUAUAUUGCUGGUGGAUGGGACUGCAUGUGGAGAGAUAAAGAUCACAGACUUUGGGCUGUCUAAGAUCAUGGAUGAUGACAACUAUGGAGUGGACGGCAUGGACCUCACCUCACAGGGAGCUGGCACAUACUGGUGAGACACAGACACACACACACACACGACACAGAAUAGUUAUAUUAGGUGUUUUCUUGGGUAUAUUACUUUCUUCAUGUUUUCCUCUUGUCCAGGUAUCUUCCCCCAGAGUGUUUUGUGGUGGGCAAGGAGCCUCCUAAAAUCUCUAACAAGGUGGACGUCUGGUCGGUCGGGGUUAUCUUUUUCCAGUGCCUCUAUGGACGGAAGGUAAGCACUCACACUCUUUAGGGCACCUCUGAAGUGUACUCAUUUUAUUUUUCUAAGUUAUCAGUUAUCAGGGCCUAAAAUUAACACCUGCCAAAUGCGUGUAGAUUUUGGCAUUGGCGGGUAAGAUGUCUGUUUCACCAGCCACGUUGGCGGGUGGUCAGGGCUCCACAGUGUGAGCAUUUCACUAGCAUUUGGGAAUAAAAAUAGUCAAGUAUGAUCACAUUUACAGUAAAAUAAAUGCUGCAGUAGCUGUUUUCAAAAUAUUUCUGCCGUUUUGUUUCAUUGCUGGUAAUUUAAUCUCACAAAGUCAAAGAACUAGGAAUCCUAUAAAGCCUAUCCCACCUCGCGCUGCAACACUGCCUGGCUGGGGGCUGUGAGCACGUGAAGAUCUGAGUGAAAGAUUCAUUUUUAGAAGCACUGCACACAGGCAUAAAAGUCUGUCUAAUUUACUUGAAACUAAAGUCUACUGAAGUGAUACUUUCUAUGGCUAUUUCCAUUGUGUUGUUCACAAGCUAGGUUGUUUUUCUAUGUUUGAGUUUCAACUGCUAGGGAGAGAAGGCAACCCUUCUACUAGUCACACUCAAUCUCACAGCCACAAACAUGACUGAAUCACGCUACCACAGAAACCUCCUGCCCUGAAACAUCUGUGGUAUUUUGGUUAAAAGACUCCGGUCACAAAAAAUCAAAUGAAAUUAAACAAUAUACCACAUUACUUCUUAUUAGUAAUACAUUUGUUUUAGAAACAUUACAAAGCAUGCUCAUCUGUAAAAAAAAGUAUUAAUAAUAAUAAUAUGCCACAGUGGUUGGUGGACCAAAAAGUGAAUUUUAGGCCCUGUCAAUGAUACCUGGGUUUUGUCUUAACUCUGUGUGUGUGUUCCUGCAGCCGUUUGGCCAUAACCAGUCUCAGCAGGACAUCCUUCAGGAGAACACCAUCCUCAAAGCCACCGAGGUCCAGUUCCCUGCCAAGCCCCAGGCCAGCACAGAGGCCAAGGUGACUCACAAACACUCACACACAGGCUAGCAGGCCAAGGUGACUCCUACUCACUCUGAAUUGUACACUUGUCAGGACAUGUCUGAAUGUGACUAGUACAGACAAAGCAUGAGAAGCGGAUUCAUAUUCUAUAGAUUAACUAACAUCUCUCGCUCCAUCUUCCUCUCUCUCUUAUUCUUUCUCUACCUCUCCCUGUGUCAGGCGUUUAUCCGGCGCUGUCUGGCCUACCGUAAGGAGGCUCGUUUCGACGUUCACCAGCUGGGCACUGACACGUACCUCCUCCCUCACAUGAGACGCACCAACUCCUCAGGCUCCCUUCAGCCCGCCUCCUCCUCAAUCUCCUCCUACUGACUGGCUGAUGGACAUGACUGACAGGCCCACCGGCCAAUCCUGGAGCAGAACUGAGCCUAAUAUGGGAAAUGGAGUGGCAUUGGGUAUUCGGAAUCCCCCGGCUGCUGUGAAAGGGACGUGAAUUUGUUUGGCUGAAUAUAAUUAAAUGGAAUGGAUGACACGUGAGAUGGGGAAAGAGAAAGACAGAGAAAGAGGGGGGGAAGUGGAGGUGGAGACACUUUGCUAAUAUUUCCAAGUAACUUUGCAGAAAUGUUGCACUGUGUUUUGAUCUUGAAGGUGGACCUGGUUUAGAGAAGGAGAGAGAGGAAGAGAAGCUCUACCCAUUGUGCAUGCCAUUGGACAUGCUGUAUCUGUUGCCAUGGGGACUUAGUAGUGGGGCUAGGCCACACCCCUUG